AGGGGCCGGGCGCCGUGACGCAGCGAGGACGCCGUCACGUGGGAGGGCGGUUCCGCUGCGGCUGCGGCUGCCUCGCUCGGCCCGAAGAGCGGCCGCCCCGUGGGGAGCCCGCCCAGGCCAUGGCGACCCAUGGGCCACGCGCGCCCCCUCCGCCCUCGCGGCCGCCGCGCGAGACCCGCGAAGUGCCAACAGUCGGGGCCCCCGCCCAGGCCUCGCGACCUCGGCCCGGCCGGGCUCCCGGCGGCGCGGUGGUGAGUGGCUACAAGCGGGUAGACUGGGCUCCAGAGGCAGUAGAGAAAAGAGGACCGUACAUCAUGACCCGAAUGCCUUCCAUCCAGGCCAAGUUGCAGAAGCACCGAGAUCUGGCAAAGGCUGUCCUGCGGAGGAAAGGCGUGAUGGGAGCCUCUUCACAUCAUCCCAACUCUUCAGGGAAAAGGUCAGUGAAGUUUAACAAGGGUUAUGCUGCCCUCAACCAAAGUGCAGAUGAAAAUCUGGUGUCUCUCGAUUCAGACAGUGAUGGAGAAUUGGAAUCCAGAUACUCAUCAGGCUAUUCCUCUGCAGAGCAGGUGAAUCAGGAUCUGAACCGGCAAUUGUUGCAAGAUGGGUAUCACCUGGAUGAAAUGCCGGAUGAUGAAGAUCUGGAUCUUAUUCCUCCCAAGCCUAUGGCCUCCUCCUCCUGCACCUGCUGCUGCUGCUGCCUCGGGGAAGCAUUCUCCUGUACUGUCCAGUAGGCAGUGCCUGCCUGGGGGGACAACACAAGAGGGACAGUAGCCUGGGACCUCUUAACUCUGGUCCUCUACUUCCCUGGAGGGCAGACUAUCAGCACCAGACUCAUCAUUUAGGAAGGUCAGUGACUUGCAGGAAACUACCACGAUGUUUCAGACCAAAGGCUCUGGAGGACAGAGUUCAGGGAGGGGGGGAGUCCAUGGGACUGGAUAGGAGGGCUACAUACAGCUUCUGUCUGAUGCAGCAGUCAUCUUGGCAGAAGAUGCUUCCCUCUUACAGGGAAGGAAAUGCAGGAUUUUUUCUUAAGAAUAAGGGUAACAAAAUUUGUUUUGUUUUAGAGAAGUCAUCAACUCUUGAAAUUAGCCUACUUAUCAUUUGAGUGCAAUGGAUGUUGAUUUGACAUUCUCUAUAGGAGCAUCUGCUUUCUAGUGUAGUGUAUUCAGGAUAUUGUAUGGUAAGGUGAGGAAAAGGAGUUUGAGGCAGCUGCCCUUAGCUAAGGUGUCUUUAAGGAGAAUUUUGGUCCCUUGGGAUUCUGAUAGAAGGAAGCUUUGCUGGCCUUGGCAAGGCCCAAGGAAGCCAAAGUGAAAUGUGUACCUUCUCUGUAGGUGCUGCUGGUGGGCUUUCCCCUUCCCCUAAGCCUGGAUGAGCCCACUGCUUUGGCAGUGUUGGCUGUGGCCUGCUAUAAUGACCAAUUUCCAAAAUCCUGGGAGUUGUGAAGCUGCUGUGAUUGGCCAAGACCCCAUAGUUAGGUGCUGUGGCUGCUUUGUAUAGCUAGCUUUUCUCUCUCUCCCAACCUGCAUUUAUUUAUUUAUUUAUUUAUUGGGUUCUGGUUUUUUGCUUUUGGCCUUAUUCUUGUCCAGCUCCCCAGUCUUUUUCCUGGGUGGAUGGCAUUCAGAUAUUGGGGGAGAGGGGGCUGGCCCCCAGCUUUGGUGAGGAGACAGACCAGAAGUUUUUGUAAUUUUUAUUAAGAACUCUGGAGUCCUGGAUUGAGGAGGGCUGUCCGAAAGGGUUAGAAGUCUGAUGUAUGUUUUAGCCCAAGGAAUAGAAAGUAGGAGUUGGACAAACCAGGGAAGUAGUGACCAAAGAGGCUGACUAUCCUCAAGCUGGACUCUCCUGCUCUUCUGCUACUCCCUUCUUGGUGGAGCUCUGCAAGCCCUCAAGGCAGGCCCAAAGCGACAGAUGUUCUUAGGUUUUCAUUUUCACUCAGGAGUGGAGGACCCAGGUGUAACAUUUAGACAGAAGACCUUGGGAUUGACCUUUGAAUUCUGUUUAGAUUCAACAGAUGGGCUCAGCUUCCCCCUGGGUUUUUAUUUUUCUUUUUGGUUAGUUUGUCUUGUCUAAGACAGAGCUCUGUUUCUAGGAAGAAGGGAGUGUGUGGGCCAUGUUGGGAGCUGGUGUGGGAUUGUGAAUGUACCAGUCUAAGACUCCCCUUGGCUAUCUGGCAUCUUAGGGUCAUCUUCCUCACAGAAUCUUUUCUUUAGGGGACUCCAUGUAGCAAGUCGGUGCUUGGUCCCCUGGUUCUGAAUAAAGAGGGAUGUUAAGGGAAUCAGGACAGCUGCAGAGGUGCUUCAGGACCUCUGGACUCCAUUAAUCUGGUGUCCCUCCUCUCAAUCUAGAGGAGAUCUGUGGGGCCUGCUAGAUCCAGACUGGACAAGAAAAAGGCAGAGGGAUUUCAGAGACAACCAAACACAAACAGAAACUUUUUUUUUUUUCCUACUUUUGGUUUCCAUCUCAGACCCCUUUGGAGCAGAACAACUGCUGCAGUUGUUCACUGUAGUUGUCUACUUACAGGAUGUGUGUGCAUCUGUAUUCCCAAGUUGUUUUAUGGCUUAUUGUGUGUGUGUGUGUGUGUGUUUUUGCAAAGAAUGAUAACAGAUGAGUAGGAAGAAAAGAAGCAUUGGAAGGAUGUAGGACAGGGGGGUCAUUAAAAGCACAGUUACUUUUUCUCCAUUAUGGAGUUUUUUGUGGGGUAACAGAAGGCCUUGAGUGAGGUUCAGAUAGUCAAUCCCUCAAUGGGAUGAAAGGACAGAAAAGCCUGGAGUCCAAGGCUGUUUCUAGGCCCAGAAUUAGGGUACUGUUCUGACCCACUGCUCUCUAGCCCUUGGCUUUCCACCCCAGCUAUUUUUGAUUGUCUCAUUGUCAUGAAAAGAGCUUCUGAAGUUUCUGGCACUAAUGUCCAUCCUGCCUCACAGAUCACUGGAGGAUUCCACUAUAACUGAUGCUGUAAAGGCUCUGGGUAGAAAUUGUAAGGGAGUGGCUGGCUGCUGAACAGUCUGGUCAACAAGCCAUCUGUCUGGAGCCACCAAGCUGCUUGGAAGCUAGUCUGCUGAAGCCCACUAGUGACAGGGUUGCUUUAGGUCACUCACCUUCUGGUGCUCUGCAAGUGACAAUCAGUACACUUGAGAAAAUGGACAGGUUUGUUUUGGCUACUCAAUCUUGGGGCGGAUUUAUGUGGUGUACAUAAGUAUGUAUAUUCAGAGAUGUGUAUGGCUUAGAGUUUUCUAUCAUGAGCAGAGUUUAUAAUAUCAAUAAAUUUCUUCAUGCUACAGGA